AUGUCCACAAUUUUUCUAAAUGUCGGGCAGUGUGGAAAUCAAGUCAGCAAAAGUAUUUUGAAAACCCUUACUUCCGACGGUGAAGUAUUGCAAAGUAACACAUAUAAAUGUCCAGGUGGUGAAGUAAGAUCUGUACAUGUUGAUAGUGAAACCAAAGUUAUAUCACAGAUGAAAAAAUCUUCCUUAAAUAUUAGAGAAAAGAAUGUUAUCUGUGGUAAAAAAGGAAGAGGUUCAAAUUGGGCAUUAGGUUACAAUGGUUUCUCAUCAGGAUCAGAAGAUCAUAUUUUAACAGAUUCAGAGGAUGCUUUGAGAAAAGAGAUUGAAAGAUGUGAUAGUUACUAUGGUGUUAUUUUAUUACAUAGUUUAGGUGGAGGAACAGGAUCAGGUCUGGGUUCACGAUUAUGUGAAUUAUUAAGAGAUGAAUAUCCAAUGAAUUACAUCUUGUCCUGUUCAUUUGCUCCAUUUUCAUCUGGUGACAGUCCUUUACAACAUUAUAAUUCCUUAUUAACAUUAUCUACACUACAAAAUUAUACAGAUGGUAUCAUAUUAACUUAUAAUGAUGAAAUACUAUAUCGUCUGCACAAAAGAAUGGGAGAUAAAUCUGUUUCUUUAGACCAAAUAAACCAGUAUAUCAGCAAUCAUCUAUGUGGAGUCUUUCUUCCCACUGAUUCUCUGCGACCCAAAAAAGGCUUUAACAUUGGAAGUGAACCCUGGGAAUUAAUAAGAUCAACAUGUCCUGUUCCUUCUACUAAAUUCUUACAUGUCAAUCAUCUGGCUAAAAGUAAAUUAUCAUGGGAGGCUCUAGUUGGUCAGUCUUUACAGAAUUUAACAAAAUAUGACAAACAAGGCAAUGCUUAUAGUUGUUUAUCCAGUGUGGUAAUUGGUAGAGGAGAUCAGACCAAUACAUUCCAUCAGUCUUUACAGAAAACAUUGAAUAGUAAAAUUAAAUCUGCAUAUAACUGUGUCACCUGGAACCCAUUCCCUCUUGACAUCUGGUCUGGUAGGUCUUGCAUUGUCAUUUGUUUGUCUAAUAGUUCUUCAAUAACCAUAGCAGCUAACUAUAGUAAUAUAAACCAGUAUCUUACUCAGCUUAUUAAUAAAGCUAAACUGAUGUUUGAUAAUAAAGCCUAUUUACAUUGGUAUUGGAGAUAUGGAGCAACACAGGAAAUGUUUACAGAGUCGUUUGAAACAGUUGAACAGAUUAUAGAAGAUUACAAGUCGGCUGUAAAAUGA